ACCAAAUGAACUCAACCUCAUUCCCUCAAGUUGUUUUCUCCCUCCCUCCCUCCCUCCCAAAUGUGCUGCUGCUAGAGCUCACUCUCUCCCCUCCUCCAUAAACCCCAACACUCACACAAACAAAACCAUAAAUCAUCCUUUCUCUUCUUCUGAUCCUUCUCUUUCAGAACCUUCACCUUCAACCUCAACUCUAGCUGCAACUGCCAAGUACCUACCCACAAUCCAAAUAGCUGAAAGGAACCAUUCUUAUCAGAUGUCAACAUCUACUGUGCAAUAGCCACCAUGUCGGUUGGACCCGUCAUAGCGGUUCUUGCAGUGAUCACGGUUCUGGGUGUCAUAGCUGGUAUGAUUGGUAGGCUCUGUUCGGGUCGUCGGGUCAUGGGUCAUGGUGGGUCAUACGACAUUGAAUCUUGGGUCGAGACCAAAUGCUCCUCCUGCGUCGGUGGCAGAAUAGCCCCUCCUCCUCCGCCGGCGGCGGAUCUCAACGGCGGCGAGGAUGCGCCACCAGUGGAGAUCCCUCAAGAGAUGAAAGAAGAGGAACAUCAUCAACAGCAGCAACAACAACAACAACAACGACAACAGCAACAACAACAACAACAGCAGCUCAGGCAAAGCUCUGAUGAAUAAUUGUUCAAUGUUCAUGUUACAUCAUUGAAUUCAGUUAUUUGUUGUUUUUCUGCAUUAUUCUUCAAUGGGUUAAUUGGUUAUGAAACUUGAUUGGUGGAUCAUGUUUGAAUGAAUGAGUUAGAGUGAACUUAGUUUUGCUGCUAAAUCAAGUUAAUUUUGAUUUGAUGUAUAUUUGAAAAAUUUGUCAUGAAUGAUUUUUGAAAUAUGUGAAUGCUAGUCCUAUACUUGAAAUA